AUGUCGCGAGAUCCGUACUCGAGCGGAAGCGGAGUGGUCGGGCCAGGAGGCGGUACUCGUUCCCCUCGAAGCAGUCGUCGCGUGGGCGAGCUGCCCACGGUCGACCGUAGCCCGUCGAGGAGCUACGCGAGCGGUCGUGGCAGUCCUUUGGGUCGGAAGAGAGGCACUCGUAGCGGGAACAACUCGCCGGAGCACCUCGGAUACGGCAGCUACCAUCACCAUCAGCUGGGCAGUCCGUACUACUCCCGCGACGAGGACCUCGCCAGUCCCGUGAUGCUCGAGGAGAGGGGCAGGAGUAUGUCAACCGGGGGCGGUGGGGGCGGACAUCACAGAUCCAGAAGCGCCUCGAGACCCGCCAUGUCCAGCUCGGCGGGCAUGUCGGCGAGGUACACCAGCCUCGAUCGUGCAUCCGCGGGUAUCCUCGAUCACGAUCGCGAGUUCGUGCCGAUACGCGAUCCCCGUGAACGUAGCCGCGACCGUGGAGUCUACCUGGAAGAUGAGGUGUACGGUUCGAGAUCGGCCAGACAGAGCCCGAAUCCGCACAUGCUGCGCGACAGCGGUGGCUAUAUCGGUGAACUCCAACAUCAGAACAACGAUCUCCAACGAGAGCUCGGGAACCUCAAGAAGGAGCUCGAGCUGACGAACCAAAAGCUCGGCAGCUCGAUGCAUAGCAUCAAGACCUUCUGGAGUCCCGAGCUCAAGAAGGAGAGAGCAUUGAGAAAAGAGGAGAGUUCCAAGUACAGCAUGAUCAACGAACAUCUGAAGCUGCUCAGCUCCGAGAAUCAGAAACAAAGUAUGAUGGUUCGCCAACUGGAAGAGGAGCUGAGGAUGCGGAUGCGGGGGCCGAACGUGGAGAUGCAGCAGCAAAUGGAAGUUUUGUACAACGAGAACGAGCAUCUGACGCGAGAGAUCGCCAUACUUCGAGACACGAUCAAGGAGCUGGAAUUGAGAAUAGAGACGCAGAAGCAGACCCUGCAAGCUCGAGAUGAAAGCAUCAAGAAGCUGCUCGAGAUGCUCCAAAACAAGGGGAUGGGAAAAGAGGAGGAAAGGAUCAUGUUCCAGCAGAUGCAGUCGAUGGCCCAGAAGCAGCUGGACGAGCUCCGGACGGAAGUGCAGCGUAGGGAUCAGGAGCUGCUCGCCAUGUCCGCCAAGAUGAAGACCCUCGAGGAGCAGCACCAGGAUUACCAGCGACACAUCACCGUGCUCAAAGAGUCGCUCUGCGCCAAGGAGAAACACUAUAACAUGCUGCAGGCUGACGUGGACGAAAUGCGGCAGCGGCUGGAGGAGAAGAACCGGAUGAUCGAGAAGAAGACCCAGGCCGCGAUGCAGGCGCAACAGGAGCGGAAUCGCAUGAACACGGAGCUCACGGAGCUCAAGGAUCACAUGGACAUCAAGGACAGGAAGAUCAACGUGCUUCAGCGAAAGAUCGAGAAUCUGGAGGAUCUGCUAAAAGAGAAGGACAACCAGGUCGACAUGGCCAGGGCGCGUCUAACGGCAAUGCAGGCGCACAACUGCAGCAGCGAAGGCGCGCUGAGUAGCCUGGAGGAGGCGAUAGGCGAUAAAGAGAAGCAAAUGGCACAAUUACGGGAACAGAGGGAUCGGGCAGAGCAGGAGAAACAGGAAGAGAGAGAAUUACACGAGAGAGAGAUCGCUGAGUACAAAAUGAAGAUUCACGCCCUGGAAUCCGAGGGGGAGAAAUUGGGCGCCCGACUGGAGAGAGCCCAGGCAGAGAAGGAUCGACUGGAAGCGAAGCUGGAAAGCUCUCAGUCGGAGCUCGGCAAGAGCAAAGCCGAGCUGGACAAAGCUGCGUCCGAGGUCGGUCGCAGCGGAGCCGACUGGGAGGCUGCCAAGCAGAGGCUGACCAGACUCGAGCUGGAAAACGAGAGGCUCAGGCACGAUCUCGAAAGGUCUCAGAGCACCUACGGCAGAAGCACGCUGAAUUCCACGCAAGAGAUGGACAGGAUUCAGGAAAGAGCCGAGAAGACUGCCGCGGAGCUGAGAAGGGCCCAGGCCGAGCUCAGGGUCACACAGUCUGACAACGAAAGAGCCAGGGCCGAGGCUGCUGCUCUGCAAGAAAAGGUGGAGAAGAAUCAGGGCGAGGUGUACAGGCUGAAGGCCAGGCUGGAGAACGCGCAGGGUGAACAGGAGAGUCUCCGAGAUGAGUACGAUCGAGCACAAGCAUCGGUGGCUCGUCUGCACUCGGAACGGGACAAGGCGAUCGCGGAACUGGAAAAAACGCAAGAGGAACUGGAACGUACACAGGCUACACUCGGCAAGGCACAACUUCAGCAGGACAAAUUGCAAAAUCUACUGGACAAGACGCAGAGCGAAGUGGACAAGCUUCAGGAGAAACUGGACAAGACACAAACGGAAAUUCGCAGGAUGCAAAUGGAAAGGGAAAAGCAGAACUACGACUUCGAGAACUUGCAAAGCCAACUGGACAAAGCGCUGGGCCAAUCGACGAGGAUGCAGAAAGAACGGGAAACGAUUCAGUUGGAGGUGGACCGGCUGCAGGAUAAGUACGAGAAGGCUCAGAUUAUAAUGCAGCGAUUGCAGAAGGAGAGGGACAGCUUCCAGGAAGAGACGGAUAAAUUGCACAAGAGGAUAGAGUUCCAGCAGAAUCAAAUAGCGAAGAUACAACGAGACAAGGAGAACGUAUUAUCGGAGAUGGACCUGGUGAAAGAGAGAUUGGAGAAGGUUCACAUGUCCCACCAGAAGAUAACCCUCGAGCGAGACAACGCCGUGAGCGAAAUCAAAAUCCUGAAGGAGAAGUUGGAAAAGUCCCAGUACUCGAUGAACAAGGCUCACGAGGAACGGGAGAACGUUAGCAAGGAGUGCGAGAAGAUGCUGGAGAAGUACGACAGAGCCCAGAACGAGGUGUACCGGCUGCAGAAUCGCAUCGAGGUGAUGGAGACGGACAAGGACCGGCUGGAGCUCGAGGCAGAGAAGCAACAGAUGCUGGCGACAAAGAGCCGCGAGGAGGCGAGGAAAGCGCAGGAGGAGCUGGCUCGCGUGCAGGAGAUGUACGACCGAGCGGCUCUGCAGUUAGGUCGCACGAAAGAGCACAAGGAGAAGUCGAAGGAAGAUCUGGACAGGUUAACGGUGGACCUGGAGAUGGUACGAGAACGUUACGAGAAAUCGCAGAUCGAGCUACGCAGGUUACAGAACGAGAGGGAGAAGCUGGUAGCGGACAACGAGAGGAUCAGCUUCGAGCUGGAGGGCGCUCACUCGCAGCUGAGCAAGGCGCAAGUAGCGACGGAGAAGACGCAGGACGAGCUGGACCGAAUGCAGCUGGAGAUGGAGAAGAUGUACGAGAAGCACGACAGGCAGCAAGCCGAAGUGAGGAAGUCGCAAGCGGAGACGGAACGGCUGCGAGUGGAGGCUGAGGGCGCGCGCGAAGAGUGCGAGAGGUACGCGACCAGGUUCGGCAAGUAUCAGGAAAGCCAAGAACGGCAGAAGGAGGAGCACGAGUGGGCGAAGCUGGAGGUGGAGCGGCUCCGCGAUCGGCUGGAGAAGGCGCUGGCGGAGCUCGAACGCGCGAGGAAGGCCGAGCAGGACGCCUCGAGGCUGCGCGCCGAUCUGGAACGUGCGGAGGGCGUGCGAGGUAAAUACCAGUACGAGCAAGAGAAAUGGCAGAGCGAGGGUAGUAGGCUACAACAGGAGGUGGAGAAGCUGCGCGAACGUCUAGAGAGCCGUGAAUCGGAGUUGAAGAGGACGCAAUCGGGCAACGCCGAGCUCGAGGCGAAGCUGCACGAGACGCAGCUUCAGCUCGAGCGGGCGUUCGAGGAGACCAGCAAGGCGACUGCGGCGCAGGAGCGGAAUCGCGGCGAGGUCGAACGCGCUAGAAUCGAAACCGAGAAGAUACGCGAUCGUCACGACAAGGUGAAGGCGAGAGCGGACGCCCUGGAGGCGGACAACGAGAAGCUCCGCGUGGAGAUAGUUCGGCUCGAGAGGCUGAUGCAAACGGAGGGUAAGACCAGAUCGGAGAGCGCGAGCAUCGAGGUCGAACGGCUGCGCGCCAGCCUCGACAAGGCGAUCGUCGCGCGCGAUCAGGUGGAGCUCGAGGCGGGCAGGCUGGCCAAGGAGCUGGAGAAGGCGCACAUGCAGACGGCCAAGUAUCAGGAGGCGACCGAAACGAACAAGAAGGAGCUCGAACGUCUGGCCGCGGAGAUACAACUGCUCAGGGACGAACGGGAGGCACUGAAGCAAGAGCUCAGGCGGAUACAGCAGCAGCAGCAGCAGCAGCAACAGCAGCAGCAACAGAUAGCCGGCAGCGAGGAGCUGGCUCAUCUGCAGCACGAGCUGCAGCUGGCGCAACGGGAACGCGACAAGAUGGUCGCGAUCCUGGAGAAUCGGGAGAAGCACUCGGAAAAGAUCGAGAAGGUGAAGGAGAAGCUCGAGGCGGAGGCGAAGCAGUUGCAAGUGGAACGGGAUCAGCUGGUGAUACAACUGGAGAAGUCGCAGGAGAUGCUGGUCAACUUCCGGCACGACCUGAACACGAACGAGGCGGAACUCGAGCGUCAACGCGAGGAGGUUCGUCGGCUGCAACAGAUGCAACAGCAAAGGGUGCACGCGCAGACGCCGGACAGAGCGGCGAAGGAGGCCCUCGAGGCGCAGAUGCGAGAGGUGCAUCGGUUGAACCAGCAGGUGCAGAACCUGACGCAGGCCCAGGCGAAGGAUCGACAGAGGGCCGAGCAGGCCGAGAAACGGGUGCAGGACCUUCAAAAGCAGAUCGCCUCGAGGGACACGAGCGCGGCUGCUGCCGGUGGCAUGAACGAAGCUCAGCUCGAGCAAUGGAGGAAGCUUUGCGAGACGGAGAAACAGCGGGCGGACGCGGCCGAGAAGCAGGCUGCCGAGCUACAAAAGCGUAUCCAGAACACCGAGAGGCAGCUACACGCCCAGCAACAGCAGAUCCAGCAGAUGCAGGUGACGAUGCAGCAGCAACAACAGCAGCUACAGCAACAGCAGCAGCAGCAACUACAGCAUCCGCAGCAAAACGGCCAGGAGGUGGCCAAGUUGAGAAAGGAGCUCGAACGCGCGCGAGAGGACAUUAAGCAGGCGGGCGUGGAGCGCGAGCGGUUCCAGGCGCAGCUCGAAAUGCUGUGCCAGGAACUGGAGAAAAGUCAGGUGGACUUGCACGAGGCGAACAAGAAACUCCAAGCUGGCGCCGCGAAAGCUGGUAUCGACACUACACAAGAGAGAAGACAAUUGGAGGAACAGAGACACCAACUGGAGGAACAGAGAAGGCAGAUGGAAGAACGAGCGAAGGCCGUCGAACAGAAAGCUAGAACGGCAGAAGAGAAGGAGAGGACGCUCCAAAGUCUCGACCAGGACCUCAAGAAACGAAAAGCGAAGAUGGAUCAGUUGGAGCAGCAAUUACAAAGGAGCGGUGGGUCGGCGGACAAGAGGUUGACGGAAAUGCAGAAGACUCUCGAAGCUGCCGAGAAAGAGCUGGAGAAAGCGAAAGAGGAGUCGACCAGAAGCUCUGCCGAGACCGAAAGGUUACUGAAGCUGAUGCAGAUGACUCAGGAAGAGCAGAAUACCAAGGAGAGGAAAAUCAGAGAACUUCAAGAUGAACUCAAAGCCGCACAAGCCAAGUUGAAACAAGCCGCAACUGCACAGCAACAAGAGCCAGAAACCUCCGGAACCGUCCUCCAGAGGUCCAAGGGUCACGAGGAGACCAGGAGAAUCGAGCUGGAAGCGAAAGACAAGCUGAUAUCCCAAUUGGAACUAAAGGCAACCUCGCUGGAGAAGCUGCUGAGGGAGCAGCCGACUUGCACCAAGAAGAUGAAAGACGCCAAGAACCUCAGUCUCGAGGAUAACGAAGGCUGGAAGAAAGAGCUGGAGCUGAAGAACAGAAGAAUCGCUGAGCUGGAGGAUCAAUUGGUAGCCUGUAGAAGCGCGAAUAACAGCGACAACGAAUGCACCCAGAGCCUGAAACUGAUGGACGAGCUGAAAGAAGAGAAGGAAUCCUGGAGGAAGGAGAUGGAGGUGAAGAACGAACGCAUAUCGCAGCUGGAGGACGAGAUAGAGUCCCUGAAGGGUUUAACGAAGGAGUCGAAGAGAUGCAAAGACAACGAAACUAGAGUACAAGAUAACGAUGAGACCUGGAAGUUAGAGAUCGAAUUGAAGAAUCGGCGGAUCGUCGAGUUGGAGCAAGAAAUGGAGUCCUUGGAGAAUUUCCUCAAGGAACACGCGGACACCGAGAGCGUGCGAGACCUGGAGAUAGUGAUCGAGAGAAAAAGCAGAAGAAUAGAGGAACUGGAGGACACCGUGGCCGAGUUCGAGGACUUUCUCAAGCAGAAUCCGGACGUGAAGGAGCUGCACGAUCUUCGUUGCCAAGUUACUGUUGGAAAUAGACGGAUUCAGGAGCUAGAGAGAUGGAUUCAGAAGAACGGUGAGAACAGGGAAUCCAGGAUCGAUCAGGAGAGGGUCAUCGUGCUGGAGGAGAUGGUCACGCAGCUGGAAGAGUACGUGAAAGAGCAUAACGUGGAUGUGCUGAAGAGGAAGUUGCAAGAUCGGGAAUGCAGGAUCGAACAGUUGCAAAGUCGAGUUGGGUAUUUGGAAAAGGAACUGUUGAGAGUCGAAGAAAGCCAUCGAGGAAAGGAUGAGCAGAAGAGUGGCCAAGAGAAAGGCACGACCAUGAACCCUGACGAUUUUCCUUGCAGCCAAGCGAUUGAUGCACACUUGGAGCUACGCGAGAAGGAACAAAAGAUGAAAAAGAUGGAGCACGCGAUAUCCGAGAAGGACAACAAGAUCCAAGAGUACGAGCAACAGAUCGUCGAGAGCAAGGAGGAAAUAUCGAAGCUCAGAAAGGAAGUGGUUACUCUGAAAAAGGAACUCAGCGAGUACGAUGACAUCGGGGUUCUGAAGGAAGAGAUCAGGGUGAGAGACGAGAGGAUUCAGCAACUCGAGGACGAGGUAGAUUCCUUGGAAAGAGCUUUCAGCGAGAGAAUCGAUCUCGAGCAAAUCGAGGAACUGGUGAACGUGAUCAAGGAGAAGGAAGACAAGGAACGACAGUUAUCCAAAGAUCUGACGGAGAAGAGGAACAAGAUCGAGGAGCUCAACGAAGCUCUUCGCGAAAGCGUCGUCAUCAUCAGCGAGAGCGAACGGAAGUGCAAGAACGAGGAGAAGAUGAGGAAGGAAGCUCUUCAAAGGAUAAACAAGCUGGAACAGAGAAUAACCUCGAUGCAAUCCGCCUCAGCGUUAAAGUGUAUCACCUGUCAACCUCUCCUUUCGAAAUUGCAAAAGUACGAGAAGAAGCUGAAACGUCUGACCGAAGAGAGGAUCUUGCAACUGGAAGAUCUCCGUCAAGUGAAACGAGAAGCUCUGAAAGCCGCGGUUUCCGAGAAAGACGCACACCUAGCCCUGCUAGAACUUUCCGGGAUAAAAACUGCCGCCCAGUCCGAGCAUGCGGAUCAGCUGAAAGCUGAUAGGAAGAGGCUACUGGAGAAGCUGAAGAAAGAGGACGAAAAGAGCAUCGAGUUAUCGGUGGAAUCCAGUCCGACUGACGCAGAAGGAACACCUCAACUACUCACCAAGGUCUUGGAAACAUCCGACGACGACGACGAAGAAACAGCAAACGAUCGUUGCAGCGAUUCGAAUUCCCCUAGACCGGCUACGACGAAUGGCGAGAGCUGUGCUGACUCAAAGAAGACGUCGAAGGAGUUGGAAUCGAGAAGCAAGCGAGAGCAGGCGAGCAAAAGCCAGCAACAGGAUAGCAGAUAAGUAGACCAGGCCACGUACACAGUCGUAACGAAUGUAGAAAGCGAAAAAAAAAAAAAAGCUAUCGAUCCUCUUCGUUUCUUCGAUGUUGUCACGUGCACACACACGCAACCGUAGAAGCAAUCUAGAGCAUUUCUAGAGCCUUAGAGAGAAAGCAAAACCGGCAAACAGGCAACCAAGAUACCUCAUCGACAUCGACAGCGACAAUACAACAGACAGCAUCCCCGUGUCGUUCAUCAUCCACCAUUUAUAGUCAUCACGAUCAUCAUAAUCAUCAUUAUCGUCAUCCAUCAUCUUUCAUCCACAGUACCAUCAUCCACGUCGCCCUUGCUACGAUUUCAAGGAAUCAGCCAGGAAGGAUCGUUCAGUGGGAAACUGGUAGCUUCGUUUAACGAAAUCAUAAACCUGGCUACGCUUUCGUCUGGAUUUUUCGGGAUAUACUGGAUGAUCGAUCGACAGAACGACUCGAUCGAUCGAUCGAUCGCAGAGCGUUGUCGAGAAGAACGCGCGUGUUCGUCAUUUCUCGAUCGUUUCGUUGUUGCGAACGAUGCGUGCUCGAUACGCAAACACGAUUACGCUUCGCGAAGCUCGACGGUCUUUUCAAGCAACAGCUCGAUGAUAAACGACGAUGGAAACAGGGCGUCAAUGGAGGAUCGUUUACACUUGUUACGAUAGAAUUUAGGUAGUUUUUUCAGUAGACGAGUUGAUUGCAUGUCUGAGAAUCAUCCGGGGAUGCUCUGUUUCUCGUGC